AGUGUACAGCUGGACAAACGCGACCCACGACACAACGAUUUUCCCCCUCGACGUUUCGGUUGAAAAAACAGUGGAUUUGCCCGUUUUUUAGCCAAUAACGCGAGCAAACUGACAAAGGAGACACGUGUUUAUUAAUCGUAUUGGAGAUUAUCAGAAGAAUUUCUUCGCGGUGUGGUUUUCCUGUCACGUCCGGGACCGGAAAAGAGCCGUUUUCCCCCGACAGCUGGUUUGCGGAUUCCCCCCUAUUUGCACUUGAAGUUGUGUGAGCCGGCUGAGAUGAGCGGUCCAGAGGUGGCCAAGACACCAGGAGGCGGAGCUCCGGGCAAGGAGGGAAAGGAGCCAGUGGCCAAUGGGCACGCAGGAGAGGGCAGCGACGCCAACCCGUUCGCUGAGUACAUGUGGAUGGAGAAUGAAGAAGAGUAUAACAGACAGGUGGAAGAGGAGCUGUUGGAGCAGGAGUUCUUGGAGCGCUGCUUCCAGGAAAUGCUGGAAGAGGAGGACCAGGAUUGGUUCAUCCCUUCGCGUGACCUCAACAACCAGGGGGUGGGGCAGCUGCAGCAGCAGCUCAACGGCCUGUCUGUCAGCGAUCACCACAACAACCUGGAGGAAGUGGCGAGGAAGAGCAUCUUGAAUCCCGAAGCGAAGGAGUUCGUCCCGGGGAAGAAAUACUAGGAGUCCCCCUCACCCCCAUGGAGCCUCCACGCGCGCACACAUACACCAGUUCUCACAUAUUCUCAGAGACUCUGGCGGCCACGACCGCACACACACUGAUACACACACGCACACAAACAUGCACACAGCCACACGCACACACACUCCUACACACUUGAAGUCAAUGGCGUGCUGGCAGGCCCAGUUGGGGGGUGGGGGGAUUUCUUUUUCUUUCUUUCUUUUUGUUUCUUUAAUCUUUUUAUUUUCCUGUUUGUUUCUUGUAAACUGAGGGACAUUGGGAACAGGGGUGGGGGAGGGGUGUAAUACCAGCACCGCCCUACUGCAGGCGCUAGCUCAUCAUUGCAUUUCACAAGGCGCCGUUGAUGUCUUCAGAGUACGCAGAUCUCAUUGAUGUCCCCUUGGAACUGAGGCAGCUACCAGGGAGUGAUGCCUGGACAAAGCGUCAAUCAAAAUAAACAUCUAAAACAUUAAAAAAAUGACCUCACAUACUUAGAUUUGUGCGCUGUCAAAUUUGAAAAACAUCGUCAGAAGGUCGAGGGUCUCCAUAACAGCGAGAUCGACUAACAUUUUAGGGGACUCGAUGAGUUUCUGCAGCUGCUCUGUUGCAUCAUCACGGUCAGUCAGACCCGCUAAACGUUUGCUCCUAUGAUGUCAUAAGCUCCUUGUGACAACACGGCUCUUGUGCAUCUAGAAAUGCGGGUUCUUAUUUGUAUCUGCGGCGGCUCCGUUCCAAACCAAAUACAGACCCCACCCUCCCUGACAUGAUCUCAGCAGACAUGGACAGGUGUAAUCAUGGAUACAGAAGUUAUUUUCCCAUUUUAUGUGGAAGUCCAUGUUUAUGUUUUGCCCAGUUCAUUAAAACAGAGACGUGAGUUUCUCAAUCAUGCAUCGAGACGCAAGAAAAAUAUUAUAGAGGGAAGAUCAGAGAAUUUUUCUUUUAAUAUCCUCAAACAAAUUUUUGUUCUGUUCACGGCCUCAUCCUUUAGUUCAGUUUGGAUUCAUGGAGUGUAGUGAACAACCUUGUUACAGGGGAGUAUUUGGUCUGGAACACAGCCACUGCCUCUUUCAGCUGGACAGCUUAGUUUGUCCAGCAUCAGAUCAAGUGUCCAUAUCCAAAUCAGGUUUUCAAAUAGCCUCUCCUCCUUUUUUCUUUUUUUUUCUCUUCAUGUUUGUGAGGAUGAGGCAUUUUGUGUCUCUACUGGGUACAGUAACCUGUGGUGUCCAUUCAGUCCUGUUAGCAGGAGGAAAUGUGAGGGGACAAUGUUGUCAUGGCCAAUCAGAAUAAAGCAGUAUAGAACACGUGGCAGACAGUUUGGCUUUCUUGCUGUUCUUCUCUUUGUCGGUUGACGUCCUUGAGGAAGUUCUUUUUUAACCGUAAAUCUUUGUUGUGGUUUGCCUUUCCCUGAAGCAUCGCCUCGUAGUGCAAGUAUAAUGGCUGUCAAGAUGUGAGCCAGUAGAAAAAAGUUGUAUAUGUGAAGAUGCUUUUUAGGAAACGCAGAUUCUAAUCAACAGGAAUUAUAAAUUAUUUGGUCUUUUUUUUUUUUUUUCUAGUUCUCAGCCCUUUUGGUUGAAAAUGCAGAGGCAGUAUUGAAAUCUUGUGACCUGAACGUAAUGUUCUUCAUGCCACUGUUCAUUUGUGGUAUUAACAGUGACGAUAAUGUCUGGUGUAUUUGACUGUAUAAGUGUUAAGUAGACA